UGAACUCCAAAAGCCUCUGCAAACUUUUCAAAACCUCUCCUUGUAAUGGCUGUUGUUCCAACCAUAUACUAUGCCCGAUAUCAUAACGACUCGAUCAAUCCAAUCCAAAUCAUUUUCGGGUCGAACAAGCUAGCCUACAACGUUUGCGCGUGCAGUCCCGUUUUAAAGAACCCACCAAGUAUUUUGAACCGCAAACAAUGGCCGGAGAUAUCGAGUUACGGUCCGUCUGCCAUUUCGAUCACGGCGGAGACAAGAAAGUCUAGAAGAGGGUUUGAGCCACAUGCUUGGGAGUGUAGCAGUACCAAUGAGAAACAGUUGAGAUCAUUGGGCUCCUAUUUUGGAAGGCUCAAAGGUGGUGGAAAUAAGAGAAAAUUUGAUUCUUUGGAGAAGAUUGAGGUGCUUGAUACUGGUCAGUUCACAGCAAAGAAGGAGCUGCAAUUGCUUGAUGAUUAUUUUGAAAAAGUUGAUAAAGAUAAAGACCUGCACAAUCAUACUCUAUCUGCUUUUGAUGAACAAAAUGAAGGCAAAUUGUUCUUCACAUCAUCCCCUUUUGAAGAUCAAGAAGAAAAUACACCGAUACGACAUGAGCGAUUGAAUGAUACGAUUAGCACAACCGUCCAAGAAGACGAAAUCAGUGACCUCUACUUAAUAAGUAGCUUGGUUUCUGUAAACAUAGCGGUUUUCUUGUUUGAAAUAGCAAGUCCAGUAAAAAACUCAGAGCUGCAACUCUUUUCACUCCCCUCUGUAUAUGGAGCAAAGAUAAAUGAGUUGAUUCUUGUAGGAGAGUGGUGGAGGCUUGUGACGCCUAUGUUUCUGCAUUCAGGAGUUUUUCAUGUUGGUCUCAGUUGUUGGGCACUUCUUACAUUUGGUCGUCAAGUUUGCAGAGAAUAUGGUCCCUUUACAUUUUUCUUGAUCUAUGUCUUGGGAGGAGUUUCUGGCAAUUUCACAAGCUUCCUCCAUACUCCCGAGCCGACGGUUGGUGGCACGGGGCCUGUGUUUGCCAUGAUUGGAGCUUGGCUUAGUUACCAAUUUCAAAACAAAGGUGUGAUUGCAAAGGAUGUUUUAGACAACAUGUUUUUAAAGGCAAUAAUUGCAGCUGUCAUCAGCUCAAUUUUAAGCAAUAUUGGUCCAAUUGAUGAAUGGACCCAUACAGGAGCCGCGUUUAGUGGGAUGGUGUACGGGUUUUUGACACCCCCAAUAGUAGAAGUGGACGAUUCUUCUUCUUCGUCUCCUUCCUCAAGGAGAGGCCAACAAGAGGGAAUCAAACUUGUUAGAAAGUAUGCUGAUCCUUGCAAAUCAUUUGCAUUUUUUGCUCUCUUCAUUUUGGUAUUCUUCUCUUUGCCCUUCUUUAUUCAACCUCCUCCCACCACAUUCCCAUUAAAUCUAUGACAUUUGGGAAGUUUUAGUUCAAGUUUGGGUGUGGUUUUAGAGCAAAAUAAUUAAGCAACUCUAUGGUGUAUGAGUUUGUAAGGCCAUGAUGUGUAGGCUAUGAUUUUUUAACUUUCAAAAGUUUUAUUUUAGUUUGUUACUUUAAUAGUUGUAAUAAUUUUGUAUUGA